AUGCCAGAGCAAGCAAGCUGCAAACAAAAAAAGGAACAGUCAGACAGAAAAAAGCAGAAAAAAAGGGCUGGCCCAGAGGAAAAAACAGAAGAGACUAAUCAGCCCUUUGAGGGGGACCGCACACUGGCACAAGCCAUACAUUUCAUGUCAGACAGCCUUGUAGCUCGUGAAUUUGCCUAUGCUGUCACUGAUGGCAACACUGAAUGGGUAUACAAGCACUUGAAAGUGAUAGUAUUCAGUUUUGCAGGUUCCUUGCACACAAAUCCUAAACUACGAGAUGCCAUCUUGAAAAACUGGCUGGUUAACUUGAAGGGAAUGCCUGAAUCCUUUUGUGGUGCCGGUGACUUAUUGCAAGAGCACUACAACCUCCUCCUUCAAGAAUUCUUGGUCCAUAUUGAUAUUCUGUGGGAUGCUCAAAUGAAGAAGGAUAUGCUGACAAGUUUGGGACUUGCCCACCGCACAAACAAAGAACCUGAGCCUCAUAAUAACCCCAAAAUAGAAACAUUACUUCAAACCUACUGUGAAACCGAGCUUCACUUCUUAUGGCAACAAAGAGAUUAUGGGGAAUGUGAAGUAUGCAAUUUUGAAAGAGGCAUAAAAAAGCUAGCACAUGGGAGACUCAAAAAGUGGAUUGACAAGACAACCAAGUCUUGUGGCUUGAUGGUUGGCAUACAGAAAGUACACAAUGGUGGAGAUAGAAAUAGAAUGGAGGCUCAAACUGCACCAACAGAAGAGCAGUGGAGUAGCAAGAGUGAUGCUGAAAGUGAAAUUGAGGAAGAACAUGAGUUUUUACAAGACUUGCCUAACCUUGAUUAUGCUGAUGAUGAGGAAGAUGAGCACACUGCUGUACUGCAGAUAAACAAGUUAGGAAGUGAUGGUGAGGAUGUAGGGGAUGAAGACACUGAUAUUGAUGACAAGGGUAACUAG